UGAUUGAAACCGCCACUCUGUUUAUACACUCUGUAUUUAUCUACUCUCACAAUUUAGAACAUUCCGCCCCAGACCCCCUUCCUCCAACUCUCUCUCUUCCCAUAAACCCUAUUUUAUCCAAUCUACCUCUUUCCCUCUCCCUUACACCAAUCCCAAAUCACCAUAGCCGACGAGUCCCUCUCCUCUACUAAACUCUCAUUUCCUUCUCCUCUUCUCGCCGGAUCUUCGAUGAAGCUGGCAAGGACUUCGCUAAUCUCCAUUGUGCCUUUUAUAUAUGUGGAUCAAGUCUACCCAGAAGAAAUGUCAGUUGCACAAACUUGUAUGGCUGUUGCUGACAUCAUGAAGGAUUUUGGUCACAUGGCUGUUGAGCCCUAUAUCACUCAGCUUGUUGAGGCCACUUCAGUUCUAUUACGUGAACAGUCUGCUUCCCAGCUCAUAGAAUCAGAUAGUGAGGCUGAUGACGACGAUACUGAACAUGACGAAGGGCUAAUGGAUGUUGUUUCUGAUCUCCUCCCUGCAUUUUCAAAGGCCAUGGGUUCCCAUUUUGCCCCCAUCUUUUCAACGUUGUUCAAUUCUUUGAUGAAAUUUACAAAAGCAUCACGCCCACCGCAAGAUCAGACCAUGGUCGUUGCAACCCUUGUAGAUGUUGCUCAACACAUGGGUGCUCCAAUUGGUGGCUAUAUUGAUGCUUUGAUGUCCCUGGUUCUUAAAGAAUUAGCAUCAGCAGAUGCUACAAACCGAAGGAAUGCAUCAUUUUGUGUUGGCGAGUUUUGCAAAAAAUGGUGGUGAUGCUGCUUUGAAAUUCUAGAUAUUAUGGGGAUGCCUUACGGGGUCUUUACCCAUUAUUUGGCGAAUUUGAGCUAGAUAAUCUGGUGAGAGACAACUCUGCUUGUGCGGUGGCAAUGAUGAUAAUGGUCCAUCCAGAGACAAUCCCACUGAAGUCAAGGCUAAUGUUGGAAGAGCAUUUUCUCACCUAAUUUCAGUUUAUGGUCAACAAAUGCAGCAGCUUCUUUUGAGUAAUAUUUCACCUGCACAUGCUAAUUUCUAAUCCGAUGGUCAAAGUACAGAAAAUUGACAUGCAUUUUGCAGGUGUAAUGAACUUGAUAUCUCUCUAGCUUGUAGAUAAGGUUGCGGAUGCAGCUCAAGCACUUUGAACACAGCAAGUCUGCGCAUUCUCUUGCGGAGGCUUCACGAGUCUCGUUUGUAUUUGUGCUCCAAGUUUAUUUUGUAGGUACUGGAUAAUAGCAAAAUCCUAGACUUGUUCUUUGUCAACAACCCAAGAAGAACACCAGAUCGAAACAACAAAGAACAAGUCUAGGAUUUUGCAGAAUAAUUUUCCUCAUGGAAUGUAAAAUAUUACUCCUUGAAAUUUAGUUACUAGAUUUUAUGAUGUAAUUUUGAAUUGCUUAAUUCUUUUUAUAUAUGAUGAAUAAUUUCUUUA